AUGUCUUUCCUCUUCGGCGGUCGUCCUCAGCUUUCCUCGGAGCAGAAGAUUUCUGCUGCCGAAACAGAAGUCGAGAUGGUCUCUGACAUGUUCAACCGUCUCACUCAAUCGUGCAACGCCAAAUGCAUUCCUGCCGACUACCGGGAAGCCGAACUGAACAAGGGCGAGUCCGUCUGCCUGGACCGCUGCGUCUCCAAGUUUUUCGAGGUCAACAUCAAGGUUAGCGAGAAGAUGCAAGGCGAGGCUGCCAACAGACAAGGCGGUGGCAUGGGUGGCUUUGGCAUGUAA